AUGUCGGACCCAUUCAAGGCCCGGACGCUGAAACGCAAGAACGUCAAGGGUCUAGCCCUCAAUGCAGCCCCCAAGCCGACCGCAAAUUCAGAAGGCGAGAAUCAAGCCUCUGGAGCGCUUGGAAAUGCUGAUGGAAACCGCACAGAUACCCUAGAAAUUGGUUUGGAGUUUCGCUUGGAUCUCCGCAGCGAGGACCUGGUGACACUGAAGGAACUGGGCGCUGGAAAUGGAGGUACAGUCUCCAAGGUCAUGCAUGCAUCUACCAAGGUGGUCAUGGCUCGAAAGAUCAUUCGGGUCGAUGCCAAAGAGAACGUGCGCAAGCAAAUCUUACGAGAACUUCGAGUCGGACAUGACUGUAACUGCCCUAAUAUUGUUACAUUUUAUGGCGCGUUCCAAAAUGAGGCCAGAGAUAUUGUUUUGUGCAUGGAAUACAUGGAUUGCGGAUCCCUCGACCGCAUUUCCAAGGACUUUGGUCCAGUCCGCGUGGAUGUUUUGGGUAAAAUUACUGAAUCCGUGCUGGCUGGUCUGGUCUACUUGUACGAAGUUCACCGAAUCAUGCAUCGAGACAUCAAGCCAUCCAAUAUCUUGGUGAACUCCCGCGGAAACAUCAAACUUUGUGACUUUGGUGUCGCAACAGAGACCGUCAACUCGAUCGCUGAUACUUUCGUCGGAACCUCGACAUACAUGGCCCCGGAGCGAAUCCAGGGAGGUGCUUAUACUGUUCGUUCUGAUGUGUGGAGUGUUGGUCUGACAGUCAUGGAAUUGGCCGUGGGACGAUUCCCAUUCGAUCACUCGGAUUCAUCUGCAGGAAACCGGGCCAGUGUUGGACCUAUGGGUAUUCUGGACUUGCUACAGCAGAUUGUUCACGAAACUGCCCCCAAGCUGCCCAAGAGUGAUGCAUUCCCACCUAUCUUGCAUGACUUCGUUGGGAAGUGUCUACUGAAGAAGUCCGAAGAGCGACCCACACCUCGAGAGCUCUACGACAAGGAUGCCUUUUUACAAGCUGCCAAGCGCACGCCCGUGGAUCUACAAGAAUGGGCCAUCAGCAUGAUGGAACGACACAACCGCAAAUCAUAUCUGGCACCACCAGCACCCAAGUCACUGAAGGAAGGCGUAACACAAACACCCACAGCAAGCACUCCAUCCAAUGCUCUUCCUACUCCCAUAUCCGCGGCAAUGCAAACUCCCAAGCCCGCCCCCAUCAGCAAAUCCAUCCGCCAGCCCCCAACAUCAAACGAAAUUCCCGUAAAUUACGCCGACGACUACUAUGGUUCUCAGCAACAGCAGAACCAGUACUAUUCAUCGCGGUCUACACGCUCGCCACCACCUCUCUCUUUGGAACAUCUUUCCAUCGACGAUGACCGUUCCGGUCGGCGCCAGAUGCGCCAUCACGGCGAACCAGUGUCCGCAAUCGAGCCGUCGUCUCAAUCAUUUAUGAGCCCACGUUCCCACAGCUCAAACAAUAAGCCCCAAGCCAACCUGCACAACUCAGCCUUGCCCCUCCGCCCUGCUCCACCCAGCGGGCCCCCGCCACCAGCCCCAGUUUCGGCUGGUGGAAACUGGCGUUACCCAGGACAGAUGCCUGGAACUUGA